AUGUCUGAGACCACAAAACCCGCUGCUCCCAGCCAGGCUGCGGAUGAGAAGGAGAAGGCGGCUCCUGCGCCGACUCCAUCCCUCGACCCAGCUCCUGUCGCAAACAGCAAGGGCGAGGAGCCCUCCCCAGAAGCCUUCAGGAUCGUUGUCUUUGACCAGGAGAACUUCCAGGGCAGGCAGAUGGAGUUCACUGCCGAGUGCCUGAACCUGGCUGACCGUGGCUUCGACCGGGUGCGCAGUGUCAUUGUCACCUCUGGACCCUGGGUGGCCUACGAGCAGGCCAACAUGCGUGGGGAGAUGUUCAUCCUGGAGAAGGGCGAGUACCCUCGCUGGGACACCUGGUCCAGCAGCUACCGGAGCGACUGCUUCAUGUCCAUGCGUCCCAUCAAAAUGGAGGCUGAGGACCACAAAAUCUCCCUCUACGAGUCUGCUGACUUCAAGGGCAACAAGAUGGAAAUCCAGGAGGACGACGUGCCCAGCCUCUGGGCUUAUGGCUUCUGCGACCGCGUGGGCAGCGUGCAGGUGCCCAGUGGAACUUGGGUCGGGUACCAGUACCCUGGCUACAGAGGCUACCAGUACCUCUUUGAGACCGGAGACUUCCGACACUGGAAUGAGUGGUCUGCCUUCCAGCCCCAGAUCCAGUCCAUCCGCCGCAUCCGGGACAUGCAGUGGGACCAGAAGGGCACCUUUGUCACCCCCGACGCGCCCUCCGACUGAGCGUGCCGCCUGCUAGCUACGAGUCCCGGGCCCCGUGGGGCACCCCCGCCUCCCCUCGCGCUCGCCUGCCCAGCACUUUCCUUGUACAUUGCACAUUCCCUGGAUGUACUCUACCUUGUGAGGCAAAUUAAAAAAAACCAGAAGAUUAG